AUGGAGAAGGCAUGUGCGGCGCUGAUGGGCAAGCACGCGCCUGCUAGUGGACGGAUGCACGUGGUUGGAGCGGGCCGGACGGAUGCUGGGGUGCAUGCGACGGGAAUGGUAGCGCACGUGGAUCUCCCGGGCGAGGUGCUCUCGCCCAGCCUUGUCAACGACAACGCGACCAUGGAGCGUGCGCUGCGGGCGCAUGUGCGCAAGGCGAUCGGGCGGCGCGACGAAGACAUGCUCUCUGUCCUCGCCAUCAAGCCGAUGAGCAAGCGAUGGCACGCUCGGUUCUCCUCGACGGGCAAGACAUACACAUACUCUGUGGUCGACGACGCGGCCGGCGGCGUUGCUGCCCUGUCAGUCGAGGACAUGGCCAUGACGCCGUUUGUCUGGCGGCUACCGACCAACUCGCCGCGUCGUCCGCUCGACGUGCCCGCCAUGACUGCUGCUGCCGCCGCCAUGGAGGGCACCCACGACUUUGGCGCCUUCCGAGCCUCGUCGUGCUCGUCGACCCGGGUUGUCCGCACCAUGGACGCCGUCCGCGUCGACGCCAGCCAGAGCGCGGGCGGAGCACGGACCGUUGUCCGCAUUACCUGCGCCUCGCGUGCCUUUAUGCACCACCAAGUCCGGAACAUGGUCGGUGCCCUUGUCGACGUCGGCCUCGGCAAGCUCACCGUCGGAGACGUUCAGGCGCUCCUGCUCCCUCCAGCCGAUCCGGCACAGCCGCACAGAUCCCGAACUGAGCUCGAGUCCAAGACGGCACCCGCACGCGGCCUUGUCCUCACAGACGUCUUCUACGCUAACCACCCGAAGCUUCCGUUCACCACAUCGACCGCCUAUGACGCCGACUAUGGCCCGUGA